GUCGUGAGUGUAAGCUUUGACUCCAAUCAGUUCAAGCUUGGCUGCUGUCAGUGGCAGAGGCGUUUGGGCAUGGCCUUGACUGAGAGUCCACGCCGGACUUGGACCUACAAGGACUUCUCGGGCUACUACUGCCCCAUUGGCAUUGAUGUCACUGGUGCUGCCGCUUAUGAGAAGACCUUCAUCGCCAGCAUGGGUUCCCCACAGGAACAGCCGGUCAAGGCGCAUCAAAGACACAGGUGGGACCGGGGUGAGCCUGAUCGAACUUGA